AUGACGAGCAUAAGGGAGAAUUUAAAAAAUUAUCGAUUUCAAAGCCCAGCAAGGAUACUUCUAACAGAUGAUUUUCUAUCAAAAACUUUAGACUCUGAAAAAAACACUGUCCGUACGGAUAGCACUUCUAAACAAAUACCAACAAAAUCUCGCCUAUCAGCCACAUCAAGAUCUUACAUGUCAGCCACUCCUCACUCAACAACAAAACAAAUCAACUUAGAUGACUGUUUUUCUCCAGGUAAUCAAUUUUUCCCUAAAUUUCUUGCAAGAUUGCAAGGACUUGGAACUGUAAAAUUUGAACGAACGGUGGUUAAAGAAGAAGAUAAGAUUUUGAGCUUUAACAGAAUUCUCCAAUCUGUUAAUCUAUCUCCAGUAGUGAAAAAAUCUGUUAAAAAACGUAAAAGAGUAAGUUAUAUGCCAAUAGGCACACAUUACAAAAAAUUAGAAGCAAAAAUCACUCUAAAUACUAUGGAGUUUAAUAACAGCCAGAAAAAUUCACCCCCAAGUCCAAGCCAAGGAAAGCGAUAUGGGUUAAAAAUUGUAUCGUCUCCUUAUCCUAAUAAUUCUCCAUUUAAAGGAGAAGCAAUAGGGAGAAACAUACAAGAAAUAAAACCAAUCAAAAUGAUUGAUAUCGCAACUUGGGCCCCUGAUUGCCCAAAUUCCCUAAGAGCUAGCAGCAAAAAAAUUAAACAAUAA